CCUCCGGGAAGCGGAGUGGAGGGGCAGCCGGCCUGGUAUAAGAGCGACGGGGACGCCGCAGUUUCAACCGGCGGCCGAGGACUAACACACCACUGACAGCCAUGGACACGGAGGAGUUCCGCGCGCGCGGCAAGCAGAUGGUGGACUACAUCUGCGACUACAUGGAGAACCUGGGGUCGCGGCGGGUCACGGCGGACGUGGAGCCGGGCUACCUCAAGGAGCUCAUACCCUCGGAGGCGCCCCAGCAGCCCGAGUCCUGGGACUGCAUCAUGGCCGACGUCGACACCAAGAUCAUGAAGGGGGUGACCCACUGGCAGCACCCUCGCUUCCACGCCUACUUCCCGUCGGGCAACUCGUACCCCUCCAUCAUCGCCGACAUGCUGUCCGACGCGCUGGGCAGCAUCGCCUUCUCCUGGGCCGCCAGUCCGGUGUGCACGGAGCUGGAGACCAUAGUGCUGGACUGGUAUGCCAAGGCUUUGGCGUUGCCGCAGGAGUUCACAACGUUUUCACCUUGCAGCAAAGGCGGUGGCGUUAUUCAGGGCUCGGCGAGCGAGUGCAUCCUGGUGAGCAUGCUGGCCGCCAGGCAACAGGCCAUCAAGUACCUGAAGCUGGACCGGCCCGAGGCCGACGACAGCGAGUUCCUGCCCAAGCUGGUCGCCUACUGCUCCACCGAGUCGCACUCGUGCGUCGAGAAGGCGGCCAUGAUCGCCUUGGUCAAGCUGCGCAUCCUGGACACCGACGCCAACUGCAGCCUGCGAGGGGAGACGCUUCGCAAGGCCAUGGAGGAGGACGAGAAGAAGGGCCUAAUGCCCUUCUUUGUGUCGUGCACCCUCGGCACGACUUCGUCGUGUGCGUUCGACAACGUGUCGGAGCUGGGCCCAGUCUGCCGCAGCUACCCGUGCGUGUGGUUUCACGUGGACGGCGCCUACGCCGGCAACUCCUUCAUCUGCCCCGAGAACCGCUACCUGAUGAAGGGCCUCCACCACGCCGACUCCUUCAACACGAACCCCAACAAGUGGCUGCUCGUCAGCUUCGACUGCUCGUGCAUGUGGGUGAAGGACCGCAUGAAGCUGACCUCGGCGCUGGUCGUGGACCCACUGUACCUGCAGCACAAGCGCUCCGACGAGACCAUCGACUACCGCCACUGGGGGAUCCCGCUCAGCCGGCGCUUCCGCUCGCUCAAGCUGUGGUUCGUGUUCCGUCGCUACGGCAUCUCGGGCCUGCAGGAGUACAUCCGCAACCACUGCCGCCUCGCCAAGAAGUUCGAGGGCCUGGUUCACAAGGACGAGCGCUUCGAGAUCAUCAACGAAGUCAAAACGGGACUGGUGUGCUUCCGCCUGAAUGGCACAGACCGACUGAACCAGGAGCUACUUGCUAACAUCAACGCAUCAGGGAAGCUGCACAUGAUCCCCUCCCUGGUGAAGGGGCGGUACAUCAUCCGCUUUGCUGUGACAGCAGAGCGCGAAAAGGACGAGGACAUAGAGCACGCGUGGGAGGUGAUCCAGGAGCACGCCAGCGACCUGCUCUGCUCGUACCGCAUCAGGGCGGAGGCUGCGGUCCCGCCCGCGCCGCUGGCUCGCAAGCUGUCGCGGCGACUCAGCUUCACGCGCAGCGUGUCGCGCGAGGUGUUCCGGCGCUCGCUGUCGCGCUCCAGCCUGCACGACGGCGCCACGCCCAUCAUCGUGCCCGACGACCAGGACAGCUUCUUCCCCGACGAGGAGGAGGUCUUCACCUCCAUCGACGAGGAGAAGGACUCCGCGUGAUCUGCUGGACCGCGAGGGUGUCACCGAGCCUACCGACACCAUCUCGACGACGACUACGGUAGUGCUUUCCGGAGCGCAUUAUACCACAAUACGGGGAGUCAUUAUGAGGCUCUGGAAAGAGCGCAUUCAACAUCUGUUGAAGUGACUAUUGAAUUCAUAACUUCAAGGGCUGCAAGAAUAUGUGUGGCAGUCAUUUUCCUAAUUCUAGUCUGUGCAAGUAUUUAAUUAUCUCAAUUUUUAUUCUGAUUUCAACUAUCAACCAUGUUCUAACUUCCAAAAACAUGAUAAGACAAACUUAAUGAAGUCUUGUUUAUGUACCUCAAGAUUCUGUUGUUCCUAUAGGAAAUAUUUAUAUGAGAAUGUCAAUUCUAACAGUAUUAUCUGAUACAGAGUGUAAUGUACAUGUGAAUAACAAAUUAUUUGUAACCAAGUUUGUCAUAGCAUUCAACUAUGAUUUUAUGAAAUUAGUGCUUUGAAUGUGUGUGUAAAUUAUUUGCUGUAUUGUGUUUGCUUUUUAUAUUAUUUUUUUAAUAUGUAAUAAAUGUAAAAAUAGAUGAACAA